UUCAAGCCUCUUGUGAUCAUCCAUUAAUCUAUUAUUUCAUUCAAUAUCCUUGUUGUUACAUACAAGGCUUGAAUGUCUUAACUAUGAAUGGUUAAUCCAGGUUUAUUCUUUCAUUAAUUCAUAUAGAAAUCACAUCAAAUCAUUUCCAUAAAGUUGAUCAUUUGAGUCAAUAAUCAUGGCUGGUGGAGGAUUUACUUCAAGUUCAAAUGAAACCGUUUUUGAGGCUAGAAUCACAGGCGCUGUCAUUCUCUCUUGCAUAAUGGCCGCUACUGGUGGUCUUAUGUUUGGUUAUGACAUUGGUAUUUCAGGUGGUGUGACAGCAAUGCCUAGCUUCUUGGCAGAGUUUUUUCCAGACAUAUACAAAAGAGUACAACAACCUGCUGUUGAAAGCAAUUACUGCAAAUAUGAUAACCAGAAGCUUCAAUUGUUCACAUCGUCGCUUUACCUUGCGGCUUUGGUAGCUUCCAUGGUUGCUUCUCCUGUAACAAGACAGCUGGGAAGGAAACAAACUAUGUUGCUAGCUGGAGUUGUUUUCAUUGUAGGCACUGCCUUAAGUGCCUUAGCAGGAAACCUUAUUCUCCUCAUUUUGGGAAGAAUCUUACUUGGUUGCGGCGUUGGUUUCGCCAAUCAGGCAGUGCCCGUGUUUCUAUCUGAGAUAGCGCCAACGAGAAUUCGUGGAGCGCUUAACAUUUUGUUUCAGUUGAACAUCACCAUUGGAAUUUUCAUUGCAAACCUUGUGAACUGGAGAACAGCACAAAUACCAGGUGGAUAUGGAUGGAGAAUAUCAUUGGCUGGAGCUGGUAUUCCUGCACUUAUGCUAACAGUAGGUUCACUCAUAGUGGAUGAUACUCCUAACAGUCUCAUUGAAAGGGGUUUUGAAGAAGAAGGGAAGACCGUGCUAAGAAAGAUUCGCGGUGUCGAAAAUAUUGGACCUGAGUAUGAAGAUAUUCUUAGAGCCUGUAAAGUGGCUAAAGAGGUCAAGAGUCCCUUCAAGGACCUAAUGAAGUCCCACAAUCGUCCUCCAUUGAUCAUUGCCAUCUGUAUGCAGGUGUUCCAACAACUCACCGGUAUCAACGCAAUCAUGUUCUACGCGCCAGUAUUGUUCAGCACCUUAGGAUUCCACAGCGACGCAUCUCUAUACUCAUCUGUGAUCACAGGAGCUGUGAACGUGCUCUCAACCUUAGUGUCUGUCUAUUUCGUCGACAAAGUUGGAAGAAGAGUGCUUCUACUAGAAGCAUGUGUCCAGAUGCUUAUCUCACAAGUAAUAAUUGGAGCAGUCCUCGGGGUAAAACUCCAGGACCACUCCGAUAGUUUAGGCAAAGGCUUCGCAAUGCUGGUUGUGGUCAUGGUAUGCACAUUCGUCGCAUCUUUCGCAUGGUCAUGGGGUCCACUCGGAUGGUUGAUUCCCAGUGAGACAUUUCCUCUAGAGACAAGGUCAGCUGGACAAAGUGUGACAGUGUUCACAAACAUGUUGUUUACCUUUAUUGUUGCACAAGGUUUCUUGUCCAUGUUGUGUUACAUGAAGUUCGGGAUCUUCCUGUUCUUCUCUGGUUGGAUUCUUAUUAUGGCCUUCUUCACAGUGUUCUUGAUUCCGGAAACAAAGAAUGUGCCGAUUGAAGACAUGGCUGAGAAGGUCUGGAGACAGCAUUGGUUCUGGAGUAAAUAUAUGUGAUGAAUUCAAAGGAAAUCAAUGUCACAUCGAAUAAAGUCCAAGUUUGAUUUCAAGUUCAAGCCAAUAAAAUGGAGUUUUCUCCACUUUAUAUUUGCUCUAGCUUUUUUGUUAGAGAUGUCCAAUAAUGCUGUAAAAUAAUCAUCCAUGUACUGAUGGUGUCAAAUAAUCUUCCAUGUAUUCAUUAAUGGUAAUCAAAUAAUAUUCGAUGUGAUUCAUCUUA